AUGGAAAGCUCAUCAUCUGGUCCAACUCCUAUGAUAACUGGCAGGCAGUAUACAAAUGAAGGGGAGAAACUAAAAGAUCCAACUGUGUUUAGACAGGCCAUAGGAGCAUUGCAGUACUUGACAAACACAAGACCUGGCAUUGCCUUUUCUGUCAACAAGCUUAGUCAAUUCAUGAGUUCUCCCACUUUAGAUCACUGGCAGGGCAUAAAGAGAAUUUUGAGGUAUCUCCAAGGCACCAUCCACCACUGCCUACACAUUAAACCCUCUACUGAUCUAGACUUAGCAGGAUUUUCAGAUGCAGACUGGGCCACAAGAGUGGAUGAUCGAAAGUCUAUGGCUGGUCAAUGUGUCUUUCUUGGUGAGACACUUGUUUCUUGGUCCUCAAGAAAGCAGAGAGUGGUAUCAAGAUCCAGCACUGAGUCAGAAUAUAGGGCCUUGGCUGAUUUAGCUGCUGAAAUAGCAUGGACAUGUUCACUCCUUGAUGAAUUAAAACUUCCUCUGCCAAGGAAACCAACACGUGUGAUAACUUGA